AAGCAGAAAGCAGAGUGAUCCACAAUGGCCACAAGUAAUGAAGAACAGCUGUUGGGGACUCUGGAGAAGCUCGGGGAAGACGAUCUGAAGACGUUUCAGUGGUACCUGCAGAAGAAAGGUCUGGAUGGGUUUGAUCCCAUCCCAAAGAGCAGGUUGGAGGGAGCUGCCAGAACAGACACAGUGGAUAGGAUGGUGGACACAUACACACUGGAAGGAGCUCUGAAGGUCACUGUGGAGAUCCUGAGGAAGAUGGAUCAGAAUAAUCUGGCUAAGUGGCUGAUGAGUGGAGGCCAUGCUGCUGCUCCUGGUGGAAACCCCUCAGAGCAUGAUAAAUAUGCAGAAAACAUCAAACACAACAAACUCAAACAUCAAGAACAACUCAAAUCUAAGUAUGAAGAAAUAGUUGAUGGGAUGAAACAGCAUGGUGUGAAAAUCUCCCUGGACAGUAUCUACACAGAGCUCUACAUCACAGAGGCUGGAGGUGGAGAGGUCAAUGACCAACAUGAAGUACGACAGAUUGAGGGAGAAUACAGGAAGAUUAGAGGGUCAGAGGAACCAAUUACAUGCAACAACAUAUUUAAACACCCAUCUAAACAAAACAAACGUAUCAGAAGAGUUCUGACAAAGGGAAUCGCUGGCAUUGGCAAAACAAUGUGUUCACAGAAGUUCGCUCUGGACUGGGCAAACAACAAACAAAACCAAGACAUUGAUUUUAUUUUCCCACUGCCUUUUCGACAGCUGAAUUUGUUGAAGAAAGAGAAGCAUACCUUGAUUGGUGUAAUUAAAAAAUACUUCAAAGAAAUGGAGAAAGACUUUCUUACUGCCAUUUUCACAAAGAAACAAGAAAACAAGACAGAAUUGAAAGUUUUGUUUAUCUUGGAUGGUCUUGAUGAGUUCCAGAUGCCCCUCAACUACAAGAAGUACGAGAGCUGUGAUGAUGUCACAGAGCCAAAGACCAUAGAUGUGCUGCUGACAAACCUGAUCAUGAAAGAUUUGCUUCCUUCUGCUCUCCUCUGGAUCACCACUCGACCUGCAGCAGUCGAUCAGAUCCCUUCUGAGUGUGUUGACCUGGUGACAGAGGUACGAGGGUUCAAUGACCCACAGAAGGAUGAGUACAUCAUGAAGAGAUGCAGUGAUGAGAUCCUGGCCAGGAGAAUCAUCUCACACAUCAAGGCAUCAAGAACUCUCUACAUCAUGUGCCACAUACCAGUCUUCUCCCUAAUGUGUGUGACCGUCCUAAAGCACAUGCUGAGAACAGAGAAGAAAGAGAAGAUGCCCAAGACCCUGACUGAGAUGUACACAGCCUUUCUCGUGUUACAGACCAAACAGAAGAAGGUGAAGUAUCAUGAGAAAACUGAGACCGAUCCACACUGGGAUGAAGAGAGCAUUCAGAGUAUUCAGUCACUGGGAAAACUGGCCUUUCACCAGCUGGAGAAAGGCAACCUGAUUUUCUAUGAGAAAGACCUGACAGAAUGUGGCAUUGAUGUCCGUGAUGCCUCAGUGCACUCAGGAGUGUUCACACAGAUCUUCAGAGAGGAUGGUAAAGCAUUCCAGGAGAAGGUGUUCUGCUUUGUCCAUCUGAGCUUUCAGGAGUUUCUGGCUGCUGUGUUUGUCUUUCUCUCAUUCAUCAACAACCAGCAGAAUCUGAUGUCUGAGACUCCAUCAGCUUCCCGCUUCAACAAACUGUUGGCUCCUUUCAGAGAGAAACCAGAAGUCCGAUUCUACAAGAGUGCUGUGGACAAGGCCUUGCAGAGUAAGAAUGGACAGCUGGACCUUUUCCUCCGCUUCCUCCUGGGCCUCUCAAUGGAGUCCAAUCAGACUGACUUACGAGGCCUACUGACUCAGACAAGAAGCAACACACAGAGCCAUGAGAAAACAGUCAAGUACAUCAAGGAGAAGAUCAGAGAGGAUCCCUCUGCAGAGAGAUGCAUGAAUCUGUUCCACUGUCUGAAUGAACUGAAUGACCAUUCUCUGGUGGAGGAGAUCCAACACUACCUGAGCUCAGGAAGUCUCUCCAGUGAGAAGAAGCUCUCAUCUACACAGUGGUCAGCUCUGGUCUUUGUGUUGCUGACUUCAGAAGAGAAGAUGGACGUGUUUGACCUGAAGAAAUACUCCAGAUCAGAGGAAGGUCUUCUGAGGCUGCUGCCAGUGGUCAAAAACUCAAAAGCUGCUAUGCUGAAUGACUGUAACCUCUCAGAACGGUGCUGUGAAGCGCUGGCCUCAGCUCUCCCCUCCUCAGAUCUGAUAGAGCUGGACUUGAGUAACAACAACCUGGGGGAUUCAGGCAUGAAGCUGCUCUCUGCUGGACUGGGGAAUCCACUCUGCAAGCUGGAGACACUGAGGCUGUCAGGCUGUCUGGUCACAGAGGAAGGCUGUGCUUCUCUGGCCUCUGCUCUGAGGUCCAACCCCUUCCACCUGAGGGAACUGGACCUGAGCUACAAUCAUCCAGGAGAAAAAGGAUUGAAGCUGCUCUCUGCUGGACUGGGGGAUCCACACUGCAGACUGGAGAAACUCAAUGUGGAUCAUGGUGGAGAGUGCAGGAUCAAACCUGGCCUUGAAGGAAAUAAAGAUGGAGUGAUGGGGGCGUAUCAGGAAGGAGAUGAGGGAUGAUGGAGAGAGUGAUGUGGAGGGAGAGAGAUGCCUGUGAGCUCACACUGGACCCAAACACAGCAUACAGACGCCUCUCUCUGUCUGAGGAGAACAGAAAGGUGACAUGGAGGAGAGAGGGAGGAGCAGCCG